CAGCCGCUCACCACCUGACUUGCCGCCGCGCACCACCACACGACCACCUCCCUUCACUGUCGCCUCUGCCCCUGCGGCAAAGUUCUUCUCACACACACUCACCCUCUUCGCGCUUGUUCAAAGCCGCCACUCGAAUCUUUCUGCGCCUCACGCACCAAGGCAGCCUCGUGUCGUCGACGCCUCCUUCACAGCAACAAGCAGCGUCUGCACGCGCCCGUGCCGCCUGUGCGGACCGCAUCGCAUCGCAUCCGCGAAAGCGCGCAGCAUCAGCUCACGCGCGAGCACCUGCGUUGCGUUGCACCUCGGCGUCCAUUCACGCACCCGUCGCACGCGCUCUUCGCUCGUCUCUGAGCCUGCUCUGUGCGCUUGAGCCUCACCCACUCGUCUCUCUGCCGCACCGCCGUCCGCGCUCGGGCAGCGCAGUGCGCGCACCAUGACGACGAUGUACAACACGGGCUCAGGCUCCGGAUUCGCCGGUGAUGCCGGCUCCUCGAGCGGCGGCGGCGAUGGGCGAGGGUCGGGCAUGAUGAACCGCCGCAUCACGGGCGGCAGCAUGUCUGGCGUAGCCGGGUCCGCCAUCUCGGGCAUGAGCGGCAAUGCGAAUCGCAACACGAACAGAUACAGCGUCACCGCACUGUACUCGAUGGCGGCGGAACAAGACGUUGAGGUGGAGGAUGACUUGGCUAGAGCGCAAAAACGACUGCGCGAGCUCAAGGGGCGCAUCUCGGCGCAGAGCAAAAAGAACUUUGUGCUUGAGCGCGACGUGCGCUACUUGGACAGUCGCAUUGCGUUGCUCAUCCAGAACCGCAUGGCGCUCGACGAGCAGUCAGAGGUAGCCUCGACGCUGGAAGACAACGAGAUAGCGAUGGGCACGACGCUGGACGACCGCAAGACGCAGCAGUACGGCAAUCUCUUCUUUCUGCUGCAAAGCGAGCCGCGUCACAUCGCCGCGCUCUGUCGCCUCGUGUCGCUGGCCGAGAUCGACACGCUGCUGCAGACCGUCAUGUUUACGCUGUACGGCAACCAGUACGAGUCAAGAGAGGAGCAUCUGCUGCUCACCAUGUUCCAGUCGGUGCUCUCGGCACAGUUUGAGACGGCCACGGACUUUGGCUCACUGCUGCGUGCCAACACGCCAGUGUCGCGCAUGAUGACGACGUACACGCGCCGAGGGCCCGGACAGAGCUUCCUCAAGGACGUGCUGGCGGAGCGCAUCAACUCGCUCAUCGAGCACAAGGACUUGAACCUCGAGGUCAACCCGCUCAAGGUGUACGAGCAGAUGAUUAGCCAGAUCGAAGAGGACACGGGCUCGCUGCCGCCGAACCUGCCCAAGGGCGUGCCUCCAGAGGUGGCGCAGGACAAUGCCGACGUGCAGGCCAUCAUUGCGCCGCGCCUGACGAUGCUCAUGGAGAUUGCCAAUAGCUUCCUGCAGACGAUCAUCAACUCGAUCGACGAGGUGCCGUACGGCAUCCGCUGGAUCUGCAAGCAGAUUCGCUCCCUCACCAAGCGCAAGUAUCCCGACGCGACCGACUUUGCCAUCUGCAGUCUCAUUGGCGGCUUUUUCUUUCUGCGCUUCAUCAACCCCGCCAUCGUCACGCCGCAGGCCUACAUGCUCGUCGACGGCCCGCCGGCAAAGCAUCCGCGCCGCACCCUCACGCUCAUCGCAAAGAUGCUGCAGAACCUCGCCAACAAGCCGUCGUACGCCAAGGAGCAGUACAUGAUGAGCCUCAACCCUUUCGUCGAGAACAACAAGACGCGCAUCAAUGCCUUCCUCAAUGCGCUCUGCGACGUCGGCGACUUCUACGAGACGCUCGAGAUGGACCAGUACAUGGCGCUCUCGAAGAAAGACCUGCAGAUCCAAAUCACGCUCAACGAGCUGUACGUGACGCACUCGCUCGUGGCGCAGCACGUGGACGUGCUGGCGCCCAACGAGAAGCACCAUCUGCGCAUCCUGCUCGCCGAGCUGGGGCCCUCGCCGGGCCAGGUGGCACGCAAGGAGAACCGCACGCUGGAGCUGCCGCUCUUCAGUCGCUGGGAGACGCCGAUCCAGGAUCUGACGACGGCGUUCAUGUCGGAGAACAACGUGACGCAGAACGACAUUCUCUACAUGGAGACCAAGUCGAUCUUUGUGCAGCUCAUCCGCUCCAUCCCGCAACUGGGCGACAAGCGGCCGAUCAACCUGCCCUCGAUCGCCGAGCGUGCCGCGACGACCAAGGAUGCGACGCUGGUGCGCAAGGGCAUCAAGGUCAAGGAGAUGCUGCGCGAGCUCGAGGAGCUCAAGGUGGUGGAUCGGCGCGACGGCUACAGCCUCAUGACCGACGAAGUGGCGUCGGAGCUGACGCAUCUGGGCAACAUGCGCGAGAAGGUGAUGCAGGAGAUGCGUUCGUUGGAGAGCGUGUACAAGACGAUUGUCGGCCACAACAACUACCUGCGCAGCCAGCUCGACACGUACAAGAGCUACCUGCAGAACGUGCGCAUGACGAGCGGCAGCGGCAAGGACAAGGCGACGGGCGGCGUCGGUGUCGUGUCGUUCAAUGGAAAGGAGAAGAAGACGAACAGGAGCCAGAUGCUGGGGCCCUUCCGCUUCACGCACGCCCAGAUGGAGAAGGACGGCAUCAUCGUCGAGAGCAACGUGCCGGAGAACCGGCGCGCCAACAUCUUCUUCAACAUUGCCUCGCCCUCGCCCGGCACGUUCAUCAUUGCGCUGCACUACAAGGGGCGCGAAAAGGCCAUCCUCGAGAUGGACCUCAAGCUCGACGACCUGCUCGAGAAGCAGAAGGACGACGUGCAGCUCCUCGACCUCGAGUACGUGCAGCUCAACGUCAACAAGAUUCUCGGCUUGCUCAACAAGACGUUUGCCAAGGGACGCAAGGCGUAGCCGCCAGCCAGCGCUCCGCCUCGUCUCGAUCUCUGCGCCGGCGCGGAGGACACGCCUUCACCGGCCGAUGUGCCUCUCCAGACUCCAUGUUCAAGCCUUCGCUGCCUCCUUAUUCCCAGGCUCAGUGCUCCCUCCUUCUCCCCCCUCCUUCUCUCUGCCGCGCAAGCUCGUGGCUCAGACUCCCCCCCCCCCGCACUUCUUCAUACCCAGCGAUGCCUCCCUCUCCCCUCUUUCUCCUCUCUUUCGCGCCGCACGCCGUCUCUGCCGCGCCAGUUGCGGCUCCCUCCUUUGCCCGUCGUUGCGUCUCUGUGUCCUCGCAGCAGGCCUGCUGCCCCCCCCCGCUCCACGCCCCACGCCCCCACGCAAGGCAUGUCCGCUUGCCCCCCUGCAUGCUUGGCUUCACCUGUGCGGGCAGCGUGCAAUACUUCAUGGCCUCUGCUGAC